AUGGCGCAGAAGGUCUCUCCGGGCGUGGAAGCGGCCUACGCCAUGUCCGGCUCGAGCAUUUCAGAAGCUGUCAUGUCCAUUCGGACAGUAAGGGCGCUGGGUGCCGAAGAGCACACGCUGGACAUUGUCUCCGGGCUGCUCCAGGUGAUGACGGACUACCACAAGGGCGCAGCCUGCAAGAAGGCCUUCGCUUUCGGCUUCAGCUCGGGCCUCGUGCAGCUGGUCUACUUGGUGGGCUUUUGGCUCAGUGCGAUCAUGAUCAGCAGCGGCAAGUUCAAUGCCGAGCAGGUGUUGUUGACCCUCUUCUGUGUGACGUUUGGCCUUCAGAGCGUGAGCAUGAUCGCCAUGUACCUGCCGGACUCGGCCUCAGGUGCUGUCGCAGCCGCGGAGGUCUUCCGGCUUGUCGACCUGCAGUCGAACAUCGACGCAGUGGAACCUGAAGGGCGGAUCAAGAGCCUGGGAGAUGGGACCAUUCGCUUCGAGGAUGUGGUGUUUUAUUAUCCUCACCGCUCCGAAGUCAUCGUGUUGAAUCGACUGUCCCUCGAGAUUCGGCAAGGCCAAAGGGUGGCCGUCGUCGGCUUCUCGGGAAGUGGCAAGUCCACGGUUAUCCAGCUCCUCCUGCGCUUCUAUGAUCCCCAGCGCGGUCGAGUCAGCAUUGGAGGCCAAAACCUGAUCCAGCUGGAUGUGGCUUGGUUUCGUCGUCAGGUAGCUCUGGUGGGUCAAGAGCCCAUACUUUUUAAUAUGUCUCUGGAGGACAAUGUGAAGUACGGGCUCCCUGGUGCCAGCCAUGAAGAGGUUCUAAGUGCUGCCCGUGGUGCAAACAUGGACUAUGCGUUGGACGGCACGAAGCCCUGGUCUCAUCGCGUCGGCCUUGGCGGCGGGAAGCUGAGCGGAGGCCAGAAGCAACGCUGUGCCAUUGCACGGGCGUUGCUGCGCCAACCGAAGAUGCUGCUUUUGGACGAAGCCACCUCAGCGCUGGAUUCUAAAUCGGAGGUCUUGGUGCAGCAAUCAAUCCAGCAGAUCCAGGCCACCACCAUCACAGUCGCCCACCGCCUGUCCACCAUCCGGGACUCCGACAAGAUCUUCGUCCUUGCAGAGGGUCGGCUUGUUGAGCAAGGCACCUAUGCCCAACUCAUGGCCAUGCAAGGCAGCUUUGCCCAGCUGGCAGCCAGGAGCUUAUGA